AUGACACCGAAUCAGAAUCGACAUGCCAUUGUAUUUGGCUGUACAGGAAUCAGUGGCUGGGCACUGGUAAAUCAGCUGCUUUCCGGCUAUCCUGCGAUUGACACAUUUGAAAAAGUCACAGCGAUUUCCAAUCGACCAUUUGACCUCGAUGAUGCCCAAUGGCCUUGUGAAGAUGACGAUACUCGGCUGCAGAUAGUAUCGGGCCUUGAUCUGCUGGCAGAAGACGACAUAUCCUUGCAACGCAUCCUUUCAGAAAAGGUCUCAUCGGUGAGAACAGUCAGCCAUAUUUAUUUCGCUGCCUACCGUGAAAGCCAUGAUGGCCCAGAAGAAUGCCGCAUGAAUAAACAAAUGCUUAGCGUUUCGGUACAAACGAUCGAGAAGCUUUCUUCGAAUUUUCAAUCUGUGACUUUGAUCACUGGUACUAAGGCGUAUGGCGUUUUACUAGGGGACAAAUUUCCCUUUCGAGGACAGGCUCCUCUGAAAGAAUCAUUCCCACGCAUUCCAGAGGAGUUCGCCAAGGAUCUCUUCUACUACCAUCAAAAGGAUCUUCUCAAGGAGUUGUCCGCAGGCAAAACAUGGUCAUGGUGCGAAGUCCGGCCUGAUAUUAUUAUAGGCAUCGCUCCGUUUGGAAAUGCCAACUGCAUUGCCCAAUCCACCGGAACUUACCUAUCCUUCUACCGGGAAAUGGAGGGUCCUGGAGCCCGUGUUCCCUUCAUGGGUUCCGAGACUGGCUGGUCCCUGCUGUCAACUGAUAGUAACCAAGAUCUAAUCGCUCAACUUUGUAUCUUUGCUUCCCUCCAACCGAAAGAUAAAGUGCACGGCCAAACGUUUAAUGUCGGCGACAACUCAAUUCCGCUAUCAUGGUCGACUCGCUGGCCACUUAUCGCCGCCUACUUUGGACUCGAAGGAACUGGGCCGAGCAAGGAUAGUUUAACUCCAGCCCAGUAUAUCGAUCACCACUGGAACGAGUUUCAAAAUCUAUGUCAUGAACGUGGUCUUCGCGAAGAUGUCGUAUAUAGGGGGGAUUCGCAAUACUGGGUCAAAGGGCAAGACGAGUGUAAUGGACUUUGA